GUUCAUCACGUAUUGUAGAACUAGAAGGUUGAGAAAUUGGAAGAACUGUUAUCAAUUUCUAGAAAAUAUUUGUUGUACUGAUAUACUUUUAGGUGAAAAGUUAGGUUCUUUUACAAGACCAGAGUUCCAUAUUCUGUAUUGAGUCCAAAGACCCAUCAUUGUAAUUGAUUUCAUAGUUCAGAAUUUUCUAAAUUCUUUCACGGUCAGAUUGUUAUUUCAGGAAUUCGAGGUGACCCAGUUUGGAUUUUGUAGAGAUAUCUGUGACCCAGAUUGAGAUUUCAUGGACACUUUACUCAAAACUCGUAACAAGCUCGAGUUCUUGCAUCCACAUAAUGGGUUUUCAGAGAAAGUGAGCAAUUCAUACCCAGCAAAACUUCAGGAGCUUAGAUUUGGUGUUAAGAAGUCUAAUCUGAAAUGGAGUAAGACUACUUGUGUCAGGGCUAGUAGUGUUAGUAGUAGUGCUCUUUUGGAGCUUGUGCCAGAAACCAAAAAGGAGAAUCUUGAUUUUGAGCUUCCCUUGUAUGACCCAUCAAAGGGUCUUGUGGUGGACCUUGCGGUUGUUGGUGGAGGUCCAGCGGGGCUGGCGGUGGCGCAGCAAGUCUCUGAAGCAGGGCUUGCAGUGUGCUCCAUUGGCCCUUGUCCAAAAUUGAUUUGGCCUAAUAACUAUGGUGUUUGGGUGGAUGAAUUUGAGGCCAUGGAUUUGCUUGAUUGCCUUGACACUACCUGGUCCGGUGCUGUUGUGUACAUAAAUGAAAAUUCCAAAAAGGAUUUAGAUAGGCCUUAUGGGAGGGUCAAUAGGAAGCUGCUCAAGUCAAAAAUGCUGCAAAAGUGCAUAUCAAAUGGUGUCAAGUUUCACCAAGCUAAAGUUAUUAAGGUUAUACAUGAGGAAUCUAAAUCCUUUUUGAUUUGCAAUGAUGGUGUGACUAUUCAAGCUUCUGUGGUUCUUGACGCGACUGGUUUCUCCAGAUGCCUUGUACAGUAUGAUAAGCCUUAUAAUCCAGGUUACCAAGUGGCUUAUGGGAUUUUGGCCGAGGUUGAUGGUCACCCUUUUGAUGUAGAUAAAAUGGUUUUUAUGGACUGGAGAGAUUCUCAUCUCAACAACAACAUCGAGUUAAAAGAGAGAAAUAGUAAGAUACCUACUUUUCUAUAUGCAAUGCCCUUUUCUUCUAACAGGAUAUUUCUUGAAGAAACAUCUUUAGUAGCUCGGCCUGGAUUACCUAUGAGGGAUAUUCAGGAAAGAAUGGUGGCUAGAUUAAGGCACUUGGGAAUAAAUGUGAAGAGCAUUGAAGAAGAUGAGCAUUGUGUUAUUCCAAUGGGUGGGCCACUUCCGGUGCUCCCCCAGAGAGUUGUUGGAAUAGGCGGUACAGCUGGGAUGGUGCACCCUUCAACUGGUUAUAUGGUAGCAAGAACCUUGGCUGCGGCUCCCAUCGUUGCGAAUUCCAUAGUUCGGUAUUUGGGAUCUGAUAGAGGUCUUUCUGGACAAGGAUUGUCCACCGAAGUUUGGAAAGAUCUAUGGCCCAUAGAGAGGAGGAGACAGAGGGAGUUCUUCUGUUUUGGUAUGGAUAUUCUUCUUAAACUUGAUUUGCCAGCCACAAGAAGGUUUUUUGAUGCAUUUUUUGAUCUAGAACCUCAUUAUUGGCAUGGAUUCUUGUCAUCUCGACUAUUUCUUCCCGAGCUUGUACUAUUUGGGCUUUCUCUGUUUUACCAUGCCUCUAAUACUAGUAGAAUAGAGAUCAUGGCUAAGGGAACUGUUCCUUUGGUAAACAUGGUCAACAAUCUGAUACAGGAUAGAGAUUAGGAUGAUUAUGAUAUUCAAUUAUUUGUUGGCACUUUUUUAAGUUUUUUGAUGUUGUUGCUUGAAAAGUUGUGAAUCAGCUGUAAUGCUUUUGAUCGUAAUGUAUAUUCAAUCCUGUGGUCGAUAGAAA